CUGACCAAUACAAAACGCCCCUUCGAUAAUCUAAAAAUAACGCCGUCGUUGUGUCUGAUCAUGAUACUCCAGUAGCCUGGAGUCCUCCAUUGAGCUUUGACAGCUGAUAAUUUUCGCGCGCUUUUACACGUCAGCCAUUUUUACUUUUUCUUUUUUCGUGCAUAGACAAAGAAAGUUGUGAUGCGUGAAACUUUUUUGAAAAAAAAAAAAAUUAAAAUGGCGCCACAAAUAAUGCGAUUUUACGUGUUAAUUUUAUUAAUUUCUUUGUGUGUGGAAAGUAAAGGAAAAUCCAAUGAGAAUGAAGAUUCGAAAGAGUCAGUCGAGAAGGUGCCGGAGUUAAAACAAUACAAGUUCAACGAUGGACCAGCGCUGAUGUUCGCAGAUGAGUUCAAACAGACGCUAGAGAGGUACCUAUUCGGUAUCUGUCCACAGAAUUUUAAGUCUCGUUGGUCGCAGAUGCAGCUCGGGCUGAAGAACAAGAACGUGACAGCUCCCAGCUGUGACGUAGACGCUGAGCAGCAGGACCUGGCUGGAAGACUGGCAACACUAUCGUUGCGAGCGCACUCCGCUUCGCGCGAUGACUGUUCGAGGCUCGGCACAGCGCUCGCGAACACGCUCGGCGAGCUUGCGCGAACUGCUGCUAACCGAGCGGCGAACAAUAAUGCCGUAAACGAAGCGAACAAGAAGCGAAAAUUGUCGAAGAGCCAAAAGGCGAAGAUCCAAGCGAAACAGCGGACAGCGCUCGCUGUCAAAAAGAAGGCAGCCGCCGCGGCCGCGGCCGCCGCUGCCAAAAUGGCAUCAGUGGCCUAGAACUGAUUCCCUUAUCCUUCUGAAGAAGUUUUAGUUAAAUUUAACCUAAACACAAUUUAUUAAAAGCACAUAAGGGCUUGUUCUUUAUUUAUUUAUUUAUUUAUUUAUUUAUUAGGUGUAUACUAUAGUUGACAAUCGAGUUUUGUUAGUAGAUACUUAAGUUCUCACGGAGAUAUCCAGUUUUUGCAGGUUUUUUGCACAAUCCCGAAAUUCAAACACAAAAAUGUGUU